AUGCCUUCAUCACGAUUCAUGUUACCACUGCUCUCUAUCUCCCUCAUCCUUCUGCUCAUCGCGCAUCAACUCGACUUUUCUUCCUCUUCCUCCCUCUUUCCUCGGCCACCCAAAGUCUUCGUCCUCGGACUCUCCAAGACUGGCACAACAUCCAUCGGCGACGCCCUCGAGAUUCUGGGAUACCGCCGUCUAGGCUGGGCCGACACACGGAGCCGUAUCAUGGUGCAUACCUGGAUGAACGGCGACAAAGCAACAAAUCUCGAAUUGAGUCAACUCUGGGAUGCUUUCGAGGACUUGCCCUGGCCGGUCAUGUAUCGCGAGAUGGCGGAAAAGUAUCCGGACGCGAAGUUCUUGCUUAGUCGACGAAAGGACGAGGAGACGUGGCUGCGGAGCAUGGCCGUACAUGUCGGCAGGGGGAAGUGGAAGCCGUAUGCGUACUUCUACGGCGCGGACACGUUUGAGGGCAAUGAGGACAUUAUGAGACAGGCGUAUCGCGGUCAUAUGCGAGACGUGAGGGCGUUCUUCAACGACAAGCCGGGCCGGCUAUGGGAGAUGAGCAUUGACGACGAUGGCGACGUAAAUUGGGACGUGCUGUGUCAGAUCGCGCAAUGUCCUGGAGGAAAGCCGCCCAAGGUGCAGUUUCCUCGGAGCAAUACGCAGGCAACAUGGGAACGAGGCUGGCUGGAUGAGUCCCGGCGAUGGGUCGAGGGAUGGAUUGUGACGAGGAUAGAAGAGCUGAUCACCCAUCACUGCUAUCACGGGGAGUGGCAGGUCUUUGUCAAACCCUUGAUGAGGGCAAUUGGGAGUAUGUACAUGCUUGUCAAAAUGUCAGCUCGGACAUCUGAGAUUCCGUGGUCAUACUGCUCGAAACUUGGAAAGACGCAUAAGUGUUUGGUCCAGUUGGGGUACAUCGGCUCCGAGGAGAGGCGCAGCGCACAGGGCAUGGCUCACAGGGCUCUCCACAAUUCGGAUGCCGAAACAGUCGAUCGCUAG